AUGGCAGAAAUCCGAAGCAACGCCAUCUUCUCCCCCGCCCCAAAGAGGAACGUUGCAGCCUGGGCCCUGAAAGCCAAAACAAGACCCCUCACGGUCAGCUCCGCACCAUACACGAAACCGCCAAGCGGCCAUGUCGUGAUCAAGACCUUCGAUGUUGCCGUCAAUCCCAUCGAUUGGAUCCUACAAGACGACGACAUUUUCCAAUCAGAAUACCCCACGGUCUUUGGGUCUGAUGUCGCCGGAGAGAUUGCUGAGGUGGCGGACGAUGUGAACGACUUUCAAUUGGGACAGAGAGUCAUUGCGCACUGCUCCCGAGCCCCGCAUGUGAAAGAUGUAGCUCCGGGCGCAACAGGAGCAUUCCAGAAAUUCGUCGUCGUUCAGAAGAAUGCUGUUGCAGAAUUGCCCGCCAAGAUCCGAUCGUCCGUUGGUGUUGUUCUGCCACUCGGCAUCUCCACCGCCUCUGCCGGCUUGUUUCAAAAGGACUUCCUCGCCCUGCCAUUUCCAAAGGAAGAUGCAAACCCACAAGGACGAACGAUCCUGGUUUGGGGCGGCAGCUCCAGCGUCGGUUCUUGUGCCAUCCAACUGGCGACGCAAGCUGGAGUCGAAGUGGUGACUACUUGCUCGGAAAAGAACUUCGAUUAUGUGAAGGAGCUCGGCGCUGCUGAAGCUUUCGACUACCAUGCCGAAGAUGUUGAGCAUCAGGUCGUGAAGUGGCUCAAGGGGAAGACAGUCGCUGGUGCAUAUCAUGCUGUGGGCGCAGACGGCGCUGUGCAGUCAUGCGCUCGCAUUGUCGAUCAAGCGAAAGGCAAGGCCAUCGUUGUGAGUGUGCGCGGUAUACCCGAUGACGAUGACAUUCCCAAGUCUGUUCGAACGAAAUCCAUCGGGGCUUCGGCCAUUUUUACCAACGAAGUCGGACCAUACAUCUGGCGAGAAUACCUUCCCAAAGCAUUGAGCGCAGGCAAUAUCGUGCCCAAACCAGAACCCUUGAUCGUUGGUGAAGAACUGCGAUCAGUCCAGCUCGGCCUCGACACGCAGAAGAGAGGCGUAAGCGCGAAAAAGGUCAUAGUGUCGAACAUCUCUCAAUGA